AUGCGACCAUCUUUUCUUCGACGAGGUCUGCUGUUUGCCGCUGUAGGCACAUUCAGUAGUACUUGGUUCAACCCAGUGACAGCCCAGUCGACUUCGGACGGAGACAUGUCCCCACCGACGACGGAUGAUCCAGACCAGACGGUUCCUGAUGUCAGCCCGGACAUUGAUAGUCCAGACUCCGUUUCAGACAAUGGCAACGACGCAACGUCACCUGCCGCCAACGAUCCAUCGAACGCUCAGGCUGCCCCACCCGGCGAUGACGGCCAAGCCGGCAAUGAAUCGCCAUCCAAUGAUGAUGCUUCUCAUACCAACCAAGAUCCGGGUAUGCCUCAAGAUAACGGAGCAAAUGACGGUAACGAAACGCCGGACGACGAAGACGCGGAUAAUGUGGAAAAUGAUGAUCCUAACAACGAUGAACCCUCCUCAACAGAUACUGGUAAUAACGGUGAUACUGGCAACGACGGUAGCACCGGCAACGACGUGAAUAAUGGCUCUUCAGACGGAUCUGCGGACGGAUCCAAUCCCGACAAUGGAAGUGGUGUCGACGACAACACGGACGAUUCCUCGAAUGACGGUAAUACUGGUGAUGAUGGUGAAGAGGAUGAUGGCGACGAUGAAAUUGAUGAUACAAGUGAUGAUGAUGGCUCUGACAAUUCCAACGAUCCCACCGAUUCAGAUGGUUCACAGGACGGUAAUACUGGCAAUUCUGAUGGAUCGGACGGUGGCUCUGGCGAAACGAGUCCAACCGAUGGUGGUUGGCCUGCGGUGCCGCCUUCAGCAACAGAAGAUCCCAAUGCUGGUGGCAGCAGUUCCAUCGAUCCUUCGACUGCCGUCACACCUGUAUAUUCUGCGACGGAUUCCUAUACGCCUGAACCUACGUCGUCUUGGAUGCCACCGAGCAGCAGCUUACCGAGCGGUACAUCUUCGGAUAUUUCCAGCAUUCAGCCAUCGUCAUCGGCUGACCCCAGCAGCACGCCAACCGGCUCGUCGUCGGGAGACAGUGGUCUUUCAUCCCAGAGCAAGGCCAUUAUUGGUGGCGUGAUUGGCGGUGUCGCCGGUGCCGCGAUUAUUGGUGCCAUUAUUUUCUUCCUUCUUCGUCGAACCAAGCGAAAACAACGGGCCGACAUGGAAGUAUUCACGCCUCAGGCUUACGAAGAAGACGACCAUCGAUCGUCUUGGGCCCAAACCCCCAUGUCCCAUCAGCCAUUGUAUUCUGCCGGCUACGAACACCCGCCGCCACCUCCACCUCAUAACUAUAAUUACUAG